GGAAAGUUUUUUUUGUGGUUUAAUGCAUGAUUUGUUAUAUCAUCACUUAUAUCUCGCAGAGCUUUACCCCUUUGAAAUUUGAUAUCACAUCCUCCAAAUAGCCUCUCACUCAGCCAUCUCCUCCAUUUGAUCUUCCGUUUUCCAACAUGCCUCGUAUUUCCGAACGAGUUACUGUGAUUCGCGAUUUGAUCAAUUUAUGUGUGGUUUCCCACAUCGCCUCCCCAUGGUUCAUCUGCCAGCUACGAUCAGCAACAAUGUACUUAUCACUGAAUGGAGCUUAGGUAGUUAUACCAGUAUCUAUGUCUUGGUUGACGCUUGUGAUUCGAUCCGACAAAGUGCAUCUGCUAGUCGGAAUAGGGUUUUCGUCGUGGAGACGCAAGGUGGAGAAUCUGGAUAUAUUGCUCUACUCGGUGGUCUUGCUGCUGGGGCCAAUAUUGUUUAUACGCCUGAGCUACCUGUCACACUCACCCAACUGAGUGCUGAUGUCGAAUUCUUCAAGAAGAGAUUCAGAGCUGAUCCGAAGGGUAAAUCUCAAGGAAGGCUUCUUGUCCGAUCCGACAAAUCCUCUAGUACCUAUACCAACGAAGUAGUCACGAAGAUCUUGAAGGAAGAAGGUGAUAAACUAUUUGAUGCACAACAAGUCAGUCUUGGACACGUUUUACAGGGUGGAGUACCUUCACCAAGCGAUCGAACUCGAGCAGUGGGUAUGUCAAUCAAAUGUAUUCAAUUCCUUGAAAGACAUUGUAUAAAAGUAGUAGCCUGUAAUAAGGAAGUCGAAACCCCAACAGAAGGAAGGAAUACAGGUUUACCAACAGUAGAGAAAUCAAGUGGAGAAGAAGAAAACUUUGGAACGAUUGUGAUCACUAGAAGUCAAAUUCGAAUAGCUGGAUUAAAAGAAAUGGUAGAAGGAGCUGACCUAAAUAAAAGAAGAGGUAAACAAACUUGGUGGUGGGAAUUAAAGAAAGUAGUGGAAAUCAUGAGUGGUAGAUUACAAGAUGGAUUUGAAUAA